AUGCCUCUUCACCUUUUAGGUAAGAAGUCAUGGAACGUUUACAACCCGGAGAACAUUGCCCGCGUCCGUCGCGAUGAGGCACAGGCGCAGGCCCGAGAGGAGGAACAAGAGCGUCGCAUGCAAGAAGUUGAUGCCGAACGAAGAAUACAAAUCCUUCGUGGCGAACGACCAUCCACCCCACCACCUCCCCCACGGUCUCCGUCGCCGGUCUCCCGACAUGAUAGGAAGAGUUAUGCAGAGGAUACUGCAAGGUUCAGAAAGAGAAGACGUUUAGCUGGCGAAAAUGAUACGGAUCGCGAUAUCCGAUUUGCUCAAGAGGAUGCACAGAUUGCGCUGGCGAAACGAGAGGAACUUGCUUCCACUCGAUCUAGCGAUGCGCCGCUUUACGAUAGUGCUGGACAUAUUGACCUGUUCCCUUCCCAACCGUCACAUAAACAUACGGAGAAGAACCCAGAAGCCGAAAAGGAAUCUGCCGAGAGGCAAAAGGCAUAUGAAGAUCAAUACACAAUGCGGUUCUCUAAUGCGGCGGGGUUCCGUCAAUCUGUCGGCCAGAAACCCUGGUAUUCAUCUUCAGGAACUGAAGCCAUGGCUCCAGACUCCAUUUCCGGGAAAGAUGUCUGGGGGAAUGAGGAUCCCAUGAGAAGAGAGAGGGAAAAGGCUCGGAUUGAUGCCAACGAUCCACUUGCGGCGAUGAAGAAAGGUGUCCGCCAGCUAAAGUCGGUUGAGCAUGAAAGGAGGAAGUGGGACGAAGAAAGGAAACGAGAAUUGGAAGCUUUGAAGUUGGAAGAAAAACAUCGGUCGCGCCAUCGCAGGCGAAGGACAGAGAUCGAGGAGCACAUCGUCAUCAUCGCCAUGGCCGUGACACAAGCCGAGAUCGCUCGCAUAAGAGAAAAUCUCACUCGGAUGGAUAUUCGCACCGUCGUCACCAUCAUCGUCAUCAUCGUACUGAUCGCAGCCGUAGUCGGAGCGACCAUAACAGACGCUAACAUCGCGUAUAAUACGACCUAA